GAAGCGAGUGCUGGAUGGAGAGAGAAAGAGAGAGGAAGGGGGAGAGAUGGAGAGGGUUACUUACACCAAACCAGGGCUUCAGUGAGUGAUGCUGCCGCCAUAGAUGGAGGUUGCACAGAACCAUGUUGGGAAUAUUGCUGUGACUGAACCGGCGGCUCCCCGCUCGCACCUGGUCUCUGCGUGACGCACAAGUUACCGGAGUCACGUUGGAGCGGAGCCAGCGGCGGUGGAGGGAUCACCAAGUUCGGAUGCAAUGAGAGAGUCCGAGAGAGGAUGCUCGCGUCUCGCAGUUCUUCUUGCGCUUUAAAUUUGGACGGAAAAUAAGGUGAAGGUGCUCGAUCGCCUGCGUGUGACGUGACACGGUCAGAUUUUGGUCUGGCGUGCGUCAGCCUAAGAUAUCUACAAAAAAAAAAUAUGUAUGGAUGUUGUCCCGUUUUUGCUGAGUAGCAAGGAUAUUACCGGUAGAAUCAAAAUCCCUGGAUGAAUCUGGGAGACUGAACCGAAUCUGGCCCAAGUGGCGCAUCCACCGCUCUGAUUGCGCGUAAUGGGAGAAAAGUUUCGGACGCGCUCCCAGCAUCCCGCCGCUAGUAAAUAACAUGUGAAUCCCGCUUCUUCCGAGCGCACUCGACGAAGUUUCCAAGUGAAUUUGCAUGCAUCCAUCAUGACUUGAAACACCCUCGGCGUGAUCGGGACUCGAAUCCAACUAGCCAACGACCCCUGCACCGCCAAAGACGCGCAGACGGACACUAAUGAUCUAGACAAAGAGGAUUUCGCAGCAACGCAGUGAAAGAAGCCCGAUCUGCUUUAUAAGAGAGAGGUUCCGUUCGGAUUGCUGUGAUGCUUUGCCAGAUUGGACAGAGGUGUGUGAUGGAGCUGGUGCUGCUGACCGUCCUGUCCUGGGUGUCCGUGUGGGCGGAGGAGAAGAUCAUAUUUGACAGACACGCUGUUUACUGGAACAGCUCCAAUCCCAAGUUCUGGCAUGGGGAAUACAGAGUGGCAGUGAACAUCAAUGACUAUCUAGACAUCUACUGUCCUUUCUACGAGGGUCCUCCGUCCCAUGGGCGAAUGGAGCGCUACAUCCUUUUUAUGGUCAACCAUGAAGGCUACACAUCCUGCCAGCACAGGAUGCGCGGCUUCAAACGCUGGGAGUGCAACCGCCCCAGUGGUCCCGACGGGCCCCUGCGCUUCUCAGAGAAGUUCCAGCUCUUCACGCCGUUCUCGCUGGGCUUUGAGUUCAGGCCCGGACACGAGUACUACUACAUCUCGUCUCCUCACCCAAACCAUGUGGGCCGGGCAUGUCUAAAGCUGAAGGUGUAUGUCAGACCUCCAGAUGGGUCGGGAUAUGAUUCUCCGGAGCCAUUCCUGACUGACGGAGGUCCGGGCUCCGACGCAUGCUGGGCGGUCCUGUUAGCGGCCCUGGCCCCGCUCGUCCUGGGACCCGUCUUCAGGCUGUGACUACCCCCUUCCCCCUUUCUUUCUUCCCGGAGCGCCCAUGCUGGGAUGAUGGGCUGGGCUGGCUGUCCCUCGAAAUCCACCACCCCUCAGGGAAGCCCUCUGUCUCCACCCUCCUUCUUCCCACUUCCACCGCAGUAUGACCACCAACCACCCCCCCCCCUGCCCCACUGCCAGCCCCCUUUCAUGGCCCAGCCACAAACACCCUUCCCUGGAAUACCUGCGCCGUUUUUUUUAAGCAGUCUGGGAAGCGACCCUUCCUUCCCUUGUCCCUGAGUCCUGGGCGGAGCAGCACCUUUCAGCUGAAAACACGAGAGAAAUGUCUCAGCACUCAUAUCAGGGGGUCCUUUUUUGACUUUUGACUCUUGCCCACUGAUGGGGUAGAUGUAGCCACGGCUAUGAUUAAACUUGUCGUUCCGGUGCAGUCCCUAUCCUCCAAUCACGGCGCGGGGACAUUAAGCGAUAGGCCUGAAUGCACAAAAAUUGGUUUCUUGGCUCGCACUGCUUUCCCUUCCUCAAGCUGAA